CUAGAAGACCUCCAAACUCCCUUUCAGCCCUAUGAUUCUAUAUUAUAUAUUAUACAAACCCAAAACUUCAAUGGUCUCUUCCAAGCCUACAGAUCUGUAAAAAUGAUUCUGUGAUAAACAUAUCCCAAAAGUGCUUUUUCCAAAAGGCAACUGGACUUUGUUUUUUGUUUUUCCUUUGAAAACGUUUAGCUUCUCAUUCAAAAAGCUUCAGUUCUAAUCGACUAGUGGGGGAUUUCAAAGGAAGAAAACCCCAAGAAAGGCCAGUUGCUUUUUGGAAAAAAUACCUUGGGACAAUCAAGACCUGGAUGAUUGAGACUAUCCAUAGACACGUGAUAAACGUGUCUUGCAAAAUCGCUUCACCUAAUUUUUCCGUGGAGAACGUCAACCUUGGCUUUUCUCAUGUAGCCUGGUAGCGAUACCGCUGAAGCUUUAGAGGCCUCUUCUUUUUCUAUAUUUAUGUUCAGCGCCAUCUUGCCGUAUCCAUGGUAAAACGGCCUAGUCGAGACGCCGCUGCCUUCCUCUCCCCGCCCCGGGAGCGAUGGCGGAGGCGGCUUGGAACGAAGACACGGGCGGGGCGGUAUACCGAUCCCGAGACCCCAUCCGUAACCUGCGCGUCAGGGUUAAAAUUCAGCGGGUUACUUCUACUAGCCUUCUACUACAGCAACUACAGCAGUCGUUUUGCCAAUCAGGCCAGCAGCUCAUCAGUUUGUCAACUUUUGAGCCUUAUAACUCAGCAUGUGGGCAUUGUCCUGAAGAGAAAGAGGAGACUGUUAUUGGCUGGCAAGAAAAACUCUUCAGUCAAUUUGAGGUCGAUCUUUACCAGAAUGUGUCUGCCUGCCAGAGCCCACUUGACCGACAAUACCACCAGGAUAUCCUAAAGUUGGAAGAGUUGGGGGGUCGAAAGAAUAAGCGGAUCUUCACCUACACAGACCAUGAUCGUUUCACCAACCUAGAAGAGCAUAGUCAGAAAGUGACCACUUCUGACAAGGAAGUGCCUUCGUAUUUGGCAGAAAUGAUGGCUAAUGUGAGGAGGAGAAGACAAGAACGCAGGCCAGUCAGAGAAGGAAACAUCCUAAAAUCCCGAAUUAUCACCUGGCAGCCCUCAGAAGAAUUCAUCAAGAACAACCAUGUCAUUAAUACUCCUGUGCAGACCAUGUAUAUUAUGGGGGACCUAGGACCCCAAGACAAACUUGGUUGCAAGGAGUAUGAGUAUGUUCUCUGCAUGAUCAAGGUGGAUGGCAAUGGAGUCAUCACAGUUAAGCCAGACUUUACAGGCACAAAAGGGCCUUACAGGAUUGAACUGGAAGGGGAGAAGCGGGAAAUAUGGAAAUUCACUCUGGAGAAUGCCUCUGCUACAGUGGAAGAGAAGGAGGAGGCACGGGAGCAGCGUGUCUUCAAGGAUUUGUACAGCCGACAUAAAGAGUACCUCAAUGGACUUGUUGGAUCUGACUUUGAGAUGACUGCCCCUGGUAUUUUCCGACUCUUUGUUAAUGGUGAAAUAGUUUCAGCCCAGGGUUAUGAAUACAGCAAUCUGUACAUACAUUUCUUCUUGGAACUGCCCAGCUGCUGGUCAUGUCCCCCAUCUCAAUUACUCUCUGGAGUGACACAGACUUGCACUAGCAAAGUACAUGGCAAAGACAGGGUGGCUUUUUUUUCCUUCCCAUUUACCCUGGAGAUGUUCUUUGCCCACAAGGACGACUUAGAAGGCCCCCUCCCUGAGUGGCCUGUCCUAUACUUUGAGGUUCUUUCCUUGGAUUUCUGGCAUAGGUACCGUAUUGAAGGCUAUGGGUUUGUAGUGCUGCCAGCAACGCCAGGGGUUCACACUUUGUCUGUUUCUACAUGGCGUCCUGUGGAGUUGGGCACCAUUUCAGAACUACGGAGGUUUUUCAUUGGGGGAUCUCCAGAGCUUGAGGAUAUAACCUACACCAAAGUGCCAAGUACUUUCACAGGUGAUCGUCUCAGCCGUUUUGGUUUUCGUUCUCAAACAACAGGGAGUGUCACUUUUCGGCUGAACUGCCUGCAGCAGUCCAAAGCUUUUCUGGAGUCCAGCUCCAUGAAGAAACGCAUGCAGAGUGUUCUGGAUCGACUAGGAAACGUCAGUCAGCAAAGUUCCGUUUAUAAUGUCUUAGAGGCUUUUCAACGGGCUCGUCAACGGAUGCAGGACGCCCGGGAAAGCCUUCCUCAAGAUUUGAUUCGCACUUCAGCCUCUGAAGCUCAUCAUGAUGAAAGCAUCAUCAAGCAGCCUGCUGUCUUCUAAGAUGUUCUCCACCAGUGUUUCUCAAUCCCAGCCACUUGAAGACAUGUGGACUUCAACUCUCAGAAUUCCCCAGCCAGGUCUAUGUCUUGGGUUCUCACCUCUGCUUCUGCAUUUUAUGAGAAACUCCUGAACCUCAGUUUGAAUCUGGAGGUGGGCCAUGUGGUGCCGGACAUAGGAGCUUGGACUGCUGUUUUUUCAAAGGAUAUGACAGAAAUCUCAUUUUUUCUCCCUUUCAUCACACAAGAUCAUGAGAUUACAAAAACAUUCUAUGCUUUAGGAAGGCAAUCAUGUUGUACGGUAUUUUAUUUUGUGUGCAUGAAUUCGGGUAUAUUUAUAUAUACAUAGGGAUAUAUAUAUAUACACACAUACACAUAUAUUCAUACAUAUACGCAUACGGUAUCUGUACUCAGGGGACAAGAGACAAUUAAAACAAUGAUAUUUCAAUAUUA